CCCCCCCCCCCCGGCCUGCGGAUUCUCGGUUUUUACCCUCGCAACGACCUGCGCAGGACGUUCGUGUGCGGGCGAUGGUUGUCACCUAGCCACCACCAAAAGAAAAAAGAGCAGCGGCAGCGGCAGCGGUAGCAGCAGAACAUGACAGGCUCAACGUCGACUUCCGCUCGGCCAGUCUUCGAUACUUGAGUCCCGCGGAGUUCUUCUCUCCCCUUCCACCUCGGUGUCCCUCCUCUCUUGGCGACGGCAUGGACCCCGCCGCCGCAGCCUGGCCGCUCGACGACCAGGUCCCCGAAUCCCCGGGCCGCAUCUUCGAACGGCUGCGCCAGAUAGCAGGAUACACCUGGGACGACGCGCAGCCGCCCGUCCACUCGACCUAUGACAACUGGCACGUCUUUGGCACCCGCUUCGUCUCGCCCUCCUCGACACCGCCCCAAUCCAGCGCGAACGCCCUAACGUCUUCCGCGCCCUAUCAUGCGGCAGGCCCGCCCGUUGUGUCCCACCUCAGCUCCUGCGGCCGGACAUUUCCCGCCGACACCCGCUCGCAUGCUUCCCUCUCCGAGACCGAGUCCAUCUCGGACAGAUCGACCGGCUCCCUCCCGCCGCCGACUCUGUCCACCGCCGCCACCGAUGCGCCCGUCAUCGAGCAGCGCGUGGUCGCGAGGGUGUCGUACCACGUCCUGCGCGAGGAAAGGGCCUUUUACAUCUCCAAGAGCCUGGUCUCCAACGUCGAUCCGAAAGCAGAGCGCAUGGUCAGGCCCCUAGACGUGAUGCGAUUGCCGCCGGCCCCUGGUGACCGCGGCCCUAUCGUCGUUGCCAUCUAUGAGGAUCUCGGUCCGAACUCUCUGUUUGGCCUUCUGGACUUUGGGCCCGCCUUCUACUUCGCCAGGCGAGAAGGCGAUCGGUGGGAGCCUUGUCCGGGAGACGCGCCUGCCCUGGGACCCCCCAUUAGCUUGCAGAAUUUCCUCGAUUUCGCCAUCGGCGCCGCCCAGUGCUUGGAGAUCGUCCACCACGGGCAAGGCAUUGUCCACGGCGAGAUACGGGCGGACGCCUUCCACUACAACGCGGAAAAAAACAAGGUCAAGCUGGUCUCCUUCGGCUCGGGGUUGCGAUCGUUCGAGCACGGCCUGACGAGCACGGGCUGGUCGGCCUUCUCCAAGGCGCUAGGCGCAAAGCACAAACUGCAGUACAUCAGUCCCGAGCAGACAGGACGGAUGCCCGCCGAGCCCGACACCCGCACCGACAUAUACUCGCUCGGGGUCUUGUUCUGGACCCUCCUGACGCAACAACCGGUCUUCCCAGGAGAGACGCCACUAGACGUCGUCCAGGCUGUGCUCGGCCGGAGGAUACCCAACGUCACUGCGAUUCGCAUGGACGUCCCCGAGGUCGUCGGCCGGAUCAUCCAGAAGUGCACCGCAAAGAACGUCGCCGACAGGUACUAUUCGGCCGGCGGCCUGCGUUACGACCUCGUGGCUGUUCAGAAGAUGCUCAGCGACGGCGACUCGGCAGCAUUAAAGGAUUGGCCGAUAGCCUCCAGAGACGUCUCCUCGUCCUUCAGGUUACCAACUACCGUCUUGGGUCGAGAUCGUGAACGGGCCGAACUUGUCAGGAUCAUCGAGAAGUUCGCCAAAAGCCAUCCCGUGGCCCCAAGUGGCGCCCUGGCCCGCAGUUCCGAAGGCUCGAGCCUCGGCGGCACGGAGACCAACGACUUCGCCGACGCUUCCAGCGAUGGCGGGAGCUCGACCGGAGGAGCCAACCGUCAUAGCCCCUCCGCUCCGCAGCCAGACAACAGGCCCAAGUCUGGUCCGUACCCGUCACCGCCCCUCGGCCCUGGAUCGACCGCGGCGUCUGCGUCUACGUCGACCGUUUCCUCGAAUACGUCGACCUUGUCCGGCGGCGCCCGAUUUCCCCGUGCGUCGGACAGACACUCCUUCGUCGACGGAAGCCAUCCCGGCGACAACCACUAUUCGGAGCCUUCGCGGCACGGUGCCACCGUGGGAACCGACACUUCGUCCACGAGCCUGGCUCGUCAGCUCGGCUCGGCCAAGUUUAGGAGGCACGGCCAUUGCGAGAUCGUCCUGAUUGAAGGGGCCGGCGGCCUCGGCAAGAGCAGUCUUGUCCAGUCCGUGCUCUGGGAAGCCCGCAGGAGAGGUUACUGCGCGACGGCCAAGUUCGACCGGGCGAGGAAGACGCCUUUCGGCCCGCCCCUGAAACUUCUAUCUUCUCUCUUCCGCCAGGCGCAGGGCGAGAGAAACACGGAGACCGCUUUCCACCAGUCUCUGAGGCACCACGUCCGCCCGGUAUGGCCCAUGUUGCACAAGGCUCUGGGCCUUCCGGACUUUCUCCUCCCGCCGGCCGACUCACCACUCAUACGCUCCCAGACUCCCAACAAGGCCGACCCGCAGAUGCGCGCCUCCUCGCCCGAGAUGUCCGCCCCCUCCGUUCUGCGCCCCUCCUCGGGUGCCCCGGUGCAAAAGCCUCGUGACUUUUUUCGCGCUGGCGCCUCCACAAAGACCAAUAGGCUGAUAAAUACCUUUCUUGACGUGCUGAGACUGUUCACGCAACACAAGUUCAUCUGUUUGUGUCUCGAUGACCUGCAGUACGCCGACGACGAGUCCCUGGAGCUUAUCAGCCAAAUAAUCAGCGUUAGGCUGAGGUUGAUGCUCAUCAUAACAUACCGGCCAGAGGAUAUGCCGUAUGAGGAGGUCCGAAAGAUACUCACCCCUCUCAAAUCGGACGACCUCCCUAGAGGCGGUGGCCCGAAUACCACCCGGAUCACGCUCGAACCGCUCUCCGAGGAAGUCAUAGUCGAAUAUGUUUCCGCCACCCUCUCGCUGGCCAAGGAAAGAGUACACCCCCUGGCCUUGGUCAUCCAGUCCAAGACGGCAGGCAACCCGUUUUACAUGCGGGAGAUGCUCAGCGCGGGGUACCGGAAAAAGUGCAUAUGGUACGACUACAUCGCCGGCCAUUGGACGUAUGACCUGGACAAGCUCUUUGAUCAGUUCCAGGGGGAGCAAGAUUAUGAUGUCCUCGAUACUGCCUUCAUCACGCGCCGCCUGAGCGAGCUGCCACCGGCUUCGAGGUCGAUCCUCGCCUGGGCGGCUCUGCUGGGACAGACCUUCUCCUUCGACCUCAUCUGCAAGCUGAUGAGCGGAAAACAGGAGGUCGACGACUGCUGCCCGGAGAGCUUGGGUGAGCCGUUGAUCGCCGCGACCUCUCAGGAGGACGUUGUCUCGGGCCUCGAAGCCGCCAUCCAAGCCUUCAUCAUCAUUCCCUGCGACCGGGACGACCACUUCCGCUUCGCCCACGACCGCUACAUCCAGGCCGCGGCGGCCCUCAAGGAGUGCAAUGCGCGCGUGAUGCACUUUGUGAUCGCCCAGGUCCUCCUCAAGCACUACCCGGAUAAUCUGGCCCUGAAGGACAACGCCGCCUCCCACAUCUGCGAGUCGGUCGACAUUAUCAAGAAGCGAGUCUCGCAUCGGGAGGCCUUCCGCAAGCUGCUCUUCGAGCGCGCACACGAGGCGAUCGAGAGCGGCGCGCGUCCCACCGCCGCCAAGUACCUGAGCAACGCCGUCGCUCUCCUGCAGGCGGAUCCUUGGAACGAGGAUGCGGAGGACGUGUCGUACGACGAGACCCUGCAGAUCUACCUGCAAGCAGCCGAGUGCUACCUCUUCAUGGGGCACCAGAGUGCCGCCAAGGUACUCCUGCAGACCAUCUUUGAUCGCGCGAAGACAGCCAUCGACAAGGCCCCCGCAUGGGUGCUGCAGUCAAGAAUCUUUUCCCAGAGCGGCGACUCGCAUCAGGCCCUGGCCUCCCUGAAACAAUGCCUGGCUGCUCUCGACGUGUCUAUCGACGACUGCCCGACGAUGGAGACGUGCGAUGCGCAGUUUGAGCGCCUGUCCCGGAAGAUCCAAGCGACGGAUCGCGAGGAGGUGGUGAGCCCGCCAGCCGAGAGCGACCCGAUGCUGGCGUCCGUUGGCGCAGUCCUCGCGGAGACGACGAGCGCGGGCUGGUGGACCGGCUCUGCUGCGUUCUACCAGCUGACUCUCUUGAUGGUGGAGACCCAUUUCAGACGGGGAGCUUACCCCCAGUCGGGCUUGGCCUUCCUCUACAUGUCCGUCAUUGCCUUGUCGCGGCACGACGACGUCAAGCUCGCGACUGAACUGGGGAGCAUCUGCCUCGAGCUGCUCGACAAGUCCCGCGAUCCGUCCAUCUUGUCGCGGGGCUACAUGAUCUAUGCAAACUUUGUCGGCCACGUCCAGAGCCCGAUUGGCCAGUCGGCUAGCCAGAUCGAGGGAAUGUUGGACUACUCCAUGGUUGCCGGCGAUAGGACAGCGACCAUCCUCAGCUUCGCGCUUGCGGCACAGCUGAAGUUCUAUGCCGGCGAGAACUGCGCCGACCUGGAGGCGUUCUGCCAGUAUGUGUGCGAGGACAUCCCGGGGUGGCAUCUCGACACCCGGGGCGGCACGCUCCUCAUCGCUGUAAGACAGGUCUGCCGUGCGCUCCAAGGCAAGACCCGGACGGCGGACCCCCUGGAUGUCAUGAGCGACGAGCGCCACGACGCCGUCACCUACAAGAAGUGGCUCCUGGCCAACACCAACAACGGCGGGCGGUCGUUGCUGGUCUACGAGACAUUGGAGAUCGUGGCCCUGUUCCUCUACGGGCACUACGGCCACGCGAUCGAACUUGGCAAGGCCUUUCUGGAGCGCGCGGAACUCCUCUGGUCGGCUCGCAAUACUAGGCUAGCCAUGCUCUUUUACGGCCUGGCUCUGGCUGGCGCCGUCAUUCGGCAACAGGGCGACCCUCUCUCUCCGGGGGAUGAGGGGCUCAAGGACGUCGUCGAUGAGGCCGUCCGCAAGGUCGAAGAGCUCAGCAGGAGGAUCAAGGACUGGCAGGUCGUCGAUAACGUCAACUACUUGGCCUGGUCGAAACUGCUAGACGCGUCCGUCUCGGAGAUGCUCGGCAACCAUGGCACGGCGAUUCGGCUGUACGAGGAGGCCCUGGAUCAUGCUUCGGAGCACAACUUCAUGUUCGAGGAGGCCCUCGGGAAUUACUUGAUGGCCAACAUCUUCAUUCGGAUCGCCGCGAGGCGCUCUGCCCGGUCCGCGCUCCGCGAUGCCGUGUCCUUGUUCCGCCAACUUGGCGCUACGGGCAUCGCGGACCGCAUCGAGAGCGACCACAGCAUCCUCCUCCAACGAGCGAUGCGGAAUCCCCGCACCGUCGACCAAGGAGUGCAGACCGACUUUUCUGGCGACGCUGUGACCGUCCAGUAUCGCAACGUCGAUGACAACAGCACCGAGGAGGAGGCCCAGCAAGCUUCGCAGGCUGCCGUGGCCGCCCUUAAGGGGGAGCGUAUGUCGGCCUGGCGCGGCUCGAUGCAGGCCGAGGCCGGAGCCGGGCUGCCCGCGCUCGAUAUGAUCGAUCUGCACGCAAUCCUGGUGUCUUCGCAAGUCAUCUCGUCGGUGCUGAGGAUCGACGAGCUCCUCAAGACCAUGUGCGACGUCAUUCUCCAGACCUGCAGCGGGUCGGCAACGCUUGCCGCAAUCGUCGUCCAGGACGAAGGGAGCUCCGACUGGUGUGUCGCCGCGAGCGGCGACCCGGAAAAGGGCGCAGAGGCUCACAUACCAGGCAUCCCGCUCAGCGUGACCGACCUGGUUGCCGAGAAUGUCGUGCUCUACUCCACCCGCUUCCGUGAAUCCAUCUUCUUGCAGGACCUCCUCAGCGACGAGCGGUUCGGCAACGUCAGCGACCAGUGGCUGCGGAGGAAUCCGGGCAGCAAGGCCGUCAUUGCCAUCCCCAUCUGCCACGGGUCGAAGCCGCUGCUCGGGGUCCUCUACCUCGAAGGCGCUCCGGGGUCGUUCACUGACCGCAACUUGAGCGUGCUGCAGCUUCUCGUCAACCAGAUCGGCAUCAGUUUCUCCAACGCGCUCGCCAUGAAGGCGGUCGAGAAGGUUUCGGCCGAGAACAUCUCGAUGGUCGAGCUGCAGAAGCGGGCGCUCGCGAAGGCCAUCGAGGCCGAAACCAAGGCCAAGAACGCCGAGGCAGAGGCCAUCCGCAACGUCAAGCUUGCCGAGGAUGCGACCAAGGCGAAGUCCAUCUUCCUCGCCAACGUCUCGCACGAGCUGCGCACGCCGCUGAACGGCGUGAUCGGCAAUUCCGAGCUGCUGAGAGACAGCAACCUCAACAAGGAACAGCUCGAGAUGGCUGAUUCCAUUCGCGUCUCGGCCGACCUGCUCCUGACGGUCAUCAACGACAUCCUGGACUUCUCGCGCAUGGAAGCCGACAAGAUGAAGCUCUACAUCAUCGCGUUCAACCCCGAGGAGAUGGUGCGCGAGGUCGUCCGGGCGGUCUCGUACAGCAACAGGGAGAAGACGUCCAAGAAGAACGUCAAGAUUAUCCAAGACAUCAACCUGCCUCCCAUGCUCAUCUACGGGGAUCCUAUCCGCCUGCACCAGGUGCUCGGCAACCUCAUCGGAAACAGCCUCAAGUUCACCGAGGACGGUUCGAUCACUAUCGGCGCGCGGAUCGACAAGGAGACCGAGGACAAUGCGACCCUGACGUUCUGGGUCAAGGACACGGGCAUUGGCAUCUCGCCGCAACAGCUCGAAAACCUGUUCCAGCCGUUCAGCCAAGCAGACGUGAGCACGGCGCGCAAGUACGGCGGCAGCGGCCUCGGCCUGAGCAUCUGCAAGUCGUUGAUCGAGACCAUGAUGCAGGGCAAGAUCCGUCUCGAGAGCCAGGAGAACGUCGGCACCACCGCUUGGUUCACCGUCACCUUCGACAAGGCUCGGCCCGAGGUAGUCGCCGGUGACGAGAAGCUGGCGUCUCGCAGCCUCCCGGAGCCGGUCAGGCCAUACCCGGCGAGGCAGCAGAGCGCUGCCUCGAACAGGGAGCUCACAGCAUCAUCGACCAACAAUGCCGCCUCCGCGACCGGGGCGCCCGCCUCUGCCAUUUCGGAUCUGUCCAAGAUUCCCAAGAACGAACUCCGCAUCUGUAUCGCAGAGGAUAACGCGAUCAACGCGCGCAUCGCGUUACAGUACAUGCAGCGGCUCGGGUACCCCAACGUCGAUACGUACGAGAACGGCCUCAAGGCGGUCGAAGGGUUGCGCGAUAAGGCCCGCCAGGGCAAACCGUACCACAUCAUCCUCAUGGACGUGCAGAUGCCCGUGCUCGACGGUUACGAGGCGACCAAGCUCUUGCGGCACGACGAGCUCGAGUCGGUGCGCAAGGUGCUGGUCAUCGCCAUGACGGCGUCGGCGAUCCAGGGCGAUCGGGAGAAGUGCUUGGCGGCGGGGAUGGACGACUACCUGGCGAAGCCGGUGCGGUCCGAGGUGCUGAAGAAGAAACUGGAUGCCUACCUGCUCGGGGGCGGAGGUGGGGGCGCCGGCGCCGGGGCGGCGGGAGGAGGAGGAGGAGGAGGAGCCACUGGGCAGGUAACAAACGGGUCCCUUCAAACCGAGGAGCCGAACGGUUCCUCCCAGGCUCAGGCCGCUCAACAGCAAGAUGAGCGACAAAAGGGAGAAGAGAAAGCCCCGGCCGUGGCGCCCCAAACCUCGACCGAUGCUCCGGCCCUGGCCCCGGCUUCGGCCCCGGCUUCGGAACAGCAGCAGCAGCAGCAGCAGUAAAAUUGUGGAGGCGGUUCGAGGAACGGCCCAAGGAAAGGGUUUCCGGAACACUCCAGGGCGUCUCCCCUCGGUUGGGACGCAAGUUACG